AUGGUCUCCCGCAAAGACGAGAAGGAGAAGAAGAAGGUGCAGCAGCACUACCUGCAGGAAAACAUGCGCACCGGCUCCGAGGCCAAUCCUUCGGUGCAGCGCUCCAAGGACAAGCAAGGCGACACCCUCCGGACGAAAGCCGCGCGCGAGCUGCAUGGCGAGAACGGCGAGAACCCGUCUCAGCUCGGCGACCCCAUCAGCCUCAAGGCGGAAACGAGCGAGCGGGUGCCGACAAAAGUCGAUGCCGGCAGUACGUCGGGAACAACACUGAGGGGAAGCGAGGAGACCAAGGAUGAAGUGAGCCGGGAAUCGAGGGAGUCCAAGCUGUAA